AUGACGAUCCUGCUUGGAUCUCCUCAGGUCCUGUCUGAGAGCUCAGAUUCUGCCCGGGAGCUUGAAUCCCAUAAGGAUCCUGCUCGAAUCCCCUCAGAUCCCAUCUGGGAGCUCAGAUCCACUAGGAUCCUGCUCAAAUCCUACCUAGGAGCUCAGAAUCCUCUCAGAUCCCACCUGAGAAUUCGCUUCAUCCUCAUCCAGAACCGGGCCGGCAAAACCCGCCUGGCCAAGUGGUACAUGCAGUUCGAAGAUGACGAGAAGCAGAAGCUCAUCGAGGAGGUUCACGCCGUCGUCACCGUCCGCGACGCCAAACACACCAAUUUCGUGGAGUUUCGCAACUUCAAGAUCAUUUACCGGCGCUACGCGGGGCUUUACUUCUGCAUCUGCGUCGACGUCACCGACAACAACCUGGCCUAUCUCGAAGCCAUCCACAACUUCGUGGAGGGAGCUCCGGUCCCAUCCGGAAGGUCGAAUCUCCUCCAGUCCCACCGGGGAGCUCGGAUUCCCCUUUGAUCCCACCCGGGAGCUCGGAUCCCCUCGGAUCCACCUGGGAGCCCAGGUCCUGCCAGUGAGAUCAGAUCGCAUUUAGGAGCUCGGAUCCCACCUGGGAGCUCUGAUCCCCCCUGGGAGCCCAGGUCCUGCCAGUGAGAUCAGAUCGCAUUUAGGAGCUCAGAUCCCAUCAGAUCCCACCGGGGAGAUCCAAUCCCAUCAGAUCUGCUGGGGAGCUCAGUUCCGGUAAGAUCCCCACCAGGAGCUCGGAUCCUGUCAGAUCCCAACAGGAGAUCGGAUGCCCCUCUGAUCCCGUCAGAUCCUGAUGGGGGAUCUCAGAUCUGAUAAGAUCCCAACAGGGAGAUCAGGUCCUUCUACAGAGCAUUGGAUCCUGUCGGAUCCCACCGGAGAGCGCCAACCCUAUCAGAUCCUGACGGGGAGCUGGGAUCCCCUUGGAUCCCACCUGGAAGCUUGGGCUCUGCAAGGAGCUUAGAUCCCAUCUGGGAGCUGGGAUCCCCUCGGAUCCUGCCUGGAAG